AUUGCAACUCACAACAAAAAUGCAUUUAAAGUUGCAGGAAAAUUCGACUCGUGUAACAUUGCCUUGAUAGUACGUAAGACUAGAGGCACGAGAUUGCUAACGUGAGGACGGUUAUUUUUAUAGUUCAAUAAAAAGCUGUGCAAAUAGAGCCCACAAUAGGUCCUCGUGAAUAAUGAAUAGCUUGACCACAGCUUUUGAUAAACUCUCCAGUCUUUAUCACAUUACAUCCAAUAAAGCAUUCUUGUUAUGACAACGAGUGAGUAUUUAAUUAGGUCUCCAAAAACGGCCUUACAAAAAAACUCAAAACUAUUAGCGGUGGUUGGCAUUUUUAGCCAUUUUUUUCAAGAUGUGUAGUAUUAAGACUUCGAAUGUGUAUUUUGUUGACUGGGAAACAACUGGAAAGGACUUUCUUAAAGGCAUAAAAUUUACAUCAACACAGAAGGAUAUUAAAGUCCAUGUUUUCUAUAACAAGAAGACCCCAAAGUGCGACCUUCCCGAGGACUAUGAAUGGGUUGUGAAGCACCCGACUCUGACGAGCUCCGCCGAGGCAUCAUGGACUGCUCUCAUUACCUACGUGCUACAUUUCUACACACAUCUUUCGUGCACUUGUACAAACUCUCGCUGCAAGCUCUGGCCCCGUCCUCAUAUGCAUACGAAGUACAGGGCGCAUGUGGUUUGUGGUGACGAAGCGAGAUACGAAGAACUGGCCGCCAUCUUGAAAUUCAAUAAGAUCUCGAUCAAAACGAUAAACGCCGAGGAGAAAACUCUCCUUGAUAUUUUCCAGUUUUCUUGCGGGCAGUGUAAGACGAUUUUCAAAACGAAAGAGGAAGCCACACGGCACGACUUGGAGUCACAUAAUUUUCUUUGUGGCAAUUCAAGAUGCGAGAAAAGUAAACGUCAAAACGGAUUUUUCACCAAGAAGGAGCUCGAAGAACACAAAGCGGGCCAACAGAGCUGUGAAUUUUGCCCAGAAAAGAUUUACUGCACACGCAAAAAACUAGAGGAACAUUUAAAGAAAUUUCACAAGAAAUGUGAUUGCAGUUGUGAAGAGUUCUUUGAGACUUCAGACGACUACUUGGAGCAUUACUAUAGCAACCUGCCGCUGCCCUGUUUAGAAGAGCCCUCGUGCAACGAGAGAUUCCCUAACAUCGAACACCAGGCGUUCCACCACAAACAAGUACACGGGUCCACGUAUCCGUACUUCUGCAUGGCUUGCUACAAACACAACUAUCUUGUAUGUCUCAAGACCGCCGAGGAACUUCUGAACCACGUGGAGGAGGAGAAACACCAGGAUGAGGAGUUCUCUUUUGCGCAGAUACCAGUGGGCAUCGCCCUUGGCAACCAGUAACUAUAGCAACAGUUACCAUGAUUGCACCCUAGUGGAUGCAGCUUACAAGAGACCUGCAACUUAGAGUACGCGCAAGUCUGAAAUCGCCCUAGCAACCAGUGACUUUAGUAACACUUAUCAUGGCAACAUGCAUGGCAACUAAGACGAUGCUGCUUACAAGAGACCUGCAACUUAGAGGACGCGCGAAUAUGGAAUUGCCCUAGCAACCAGUGAUUAUAUAUACAGUCACCAGAACAACACACAUAGCAACUUGAGGGAUACAGCUUAAAACCUGCAGUUUAGGGGAUGCGCGCAUCUGGAAUCUUUUUUAUUCUUGAAUAGGUUUUUCUUUUCCAUCGAUGUGGUGGGAGGGGGGUGAUAUCUUGGGACGGGAGUGUGGUGUUACUAGAGUAAAUUGCGCCUCCCUCCUACUCCGACCCCUAGCUAUACGCCUGUAUUAAUUAACUUCGUAGGUAUCGGUUCGGCUCCCGUGCACUCAAGCUUCCUAGGGAAAGCAACAAUUAGUUCUGGUGUUAUCGGGUAAUCACAAAUACAUAUAACUAAAGAAGAAUGUACGGCUUUGCGACGCGAGGUUAGAUCACUACGCGCCCCUCUGGCGGCAGCAGGUGAAAAAAUAACGCUAGAUUUCUAAAAUACUCUAAAAUGCUCCAGGGGUUUGUGCGGUCAUAGAUAUUCUUUAAUAAAAUAAACCGCUUUUUUGGAACGGCACAUAAAAAAGACCUGCGUUUUCACUGGGUUUAAGAGAGUAGACUCAAUGAGUCGGGUUGCAGGAGUUCGUCUCGGGUUGCCUGUGCUUGUUGGAUGAGCUGUGAGGCAGCAUGGGAAUUGGAAAAUCUUCCACAACCCUUACCAGCCACAGAUAAUUAAUUCCAGAAUCAAAUUUCUCGCUUUAUAUGAUCAAUUACCACAAGCUGUUCAACAAUAAACCGUUGUGAAUUGUG